GACAUUUACGGAAAGAGUUAUCCAACUACAAAAAAUUCCAAGGCUAAAUUUCCUUUGAUCCACUGGUGAAUCGAUUCUUUCCUCAGGAACAACAAUUUACGCGCCUACGCCGAAAUGGCUCAGAAGUGUGUCCACAAAGGUUGUGGCAAGGUUUACACCGACCCAGACGAGGUCUGCGUCUACCAUCCGGGUCCUCCAGUCUUUCAUGAGGGACAAAAAGGAUGGAAAUGCUGCAAACCUCGAGUCUUAACCUUCGACGAAUUCCUUGAGAUUCCACCAUGCACUGAAGGCAAACAUAGUACUACAGACUUACCACCGGAAAUCGAGAAGAAAGCGCCAGAGGCCAUAGAUCCCAAUUCACCUUCACAAUCCUUAGCUAACAAGCUCGCCGAAGCUGUCGCAACCGCCCCGAGCCGAGCUCCAAUUACUCCCCAACCAGCUCCGACCGCACCCCCACCUCCUCCCGAGUCCGAAGACGACGACCCCUCCCUUGAAAUCGCAGAUGGAAAGAUUUGCCGACGGAAAGGAUGCAAUGCGGCUUACAAGAAGGGCCAGGGGAGAUCUGACGACGAGAAAUGCGUCCAUCAUCCAGGAGCGCCCAUUUUUCAUGAAGGUAGCAAGGGCUACAGCUGCUGCAAGAGAAGAGUACUGGAGUUUGAUCAAUUCAUGAAAAUCGAGGGAUGCAAGACAUCACCUAGACACUUAUUCAUCGGAUCGGGACAGCAAAAGAGCAAGGCCAAGGCAGCGAAUGCUACAACGACCGCUAAUGGCGAAGAGCUGCUUGAGACGGUGCGCCAUGACUUCUACCAGACACCCUCUACAGUAAUUGCGUCUUUCUUCUUAAAGAAGAUUGACAAGGAUAAAGCGACGGUGAACUUCGAGUCCCAAGGAAUCGCCCUAGAUCUGCCGACUAGCGAUGCGCAACCCAAACGCUACAAGACUACCGUGCCCUUGUUCGGAAAAAUCGACACGGAGAAGUCCACAUUCAAGGUUCUCGGAACAAAGCUGGAAGUAAGCCUGUAUAAGGCGGAUGGGGGGAGUUGGCCCGUUCUGCGGAGCGACGAGCGACUGACAGGCGAGAUCCUGCAGGUUGGCCGAGCAGGUCGGGUGUAAUCAGCCAGCCAACUAUCAUGAGACAUCACCACAAAAUUACCUCCCCCGCCAGCUACAUUUCUCAUCGAAAUUACAUAGGUAGCGAGAAGGGGGAACGAUGCUGAGCUUUUUCA